AUUCUUCCACCCGGCACCAGCAGCACAGCAAUGAGCAACUUCAGGUUCACUGAGCUGAGUGGAUUCCACUCGCUGUGCCCUCGGACGGAGUCCGCUGCUCGAAUCUCCCACCCAGUCUCAAAACAUACAGCUGAUUAACAGCAAGCUGCCUGCCUUUGAAGAGUAGCACGCAGGGAGAGUCAAAGAAGACCGCAAGUUCUGGAGAAAAAUGACCUUUCAAGGAAUACAAAGUAUACUUCCUGCCGCAUGUUUUUUGUCUUACUAACUCCUGAUGACUGAAACAUAUGGUCCUGGGCCUGCAGAAAGUCCACUGAUUAUCAAACUCCUCAUCAUGCACCAACUGUUCAGACUGGUCUUAGGACAAAAAGAUCUUUCACGAGCCGGGGACCUCUUCUCCUUAGAUGACUCCGAGAUUGAAGACAGCCUGACAGAAGCUUUGGAGCAAAUUAAAAUAAUUAGCUCAUCUUCAGAUUACCAGACCAAUAACAAUGACCAAGCAGUGGUUGAAAUCUGUAUCACUCGAAUCACGACAGCCAUCAGAGAGACAGAGUCAAUUGAAAAACAUGCCAAGGCCCUUGUGGGGCUCUGGGAUUCCUGCCUGGAGCACAACCUGAGACCCUCUGGGAAAGAUGAAGACACUCCCCAUGCAAAAAUUGCUUCUGAUAUCAUGAGUUGCAUUUUACAGAAUUACAACCGACCCCCUGUGAUGGCAUUAGCCAUCCCCAUAGCAGUGAAAUUCCUCCACAGAAGCAACAGGGAACUGUGCAGGAAUAUGUCCAACUACCUGUCCCUGGCUGCGAUCACCAAGGCAGAUCUCCUGGCUGAUCACACAGACGUUAUAGUAAAGAGCAUACUCCAAGGCAAUGCCAUGUUGUUGAGGGUGUUGCCCGCUGUGUAUGAAAAGCAGCCUCAGCCAAUCAACAGACACCUGACAGAACUCCUGGCCUUGAUGUCUCACCUAGAACAACCAGAACAGUACCAUCUUCUCCGGCUUUUGCAUGUAGCCGUGAAGAGAAAGCAACCAGAGGUGGCUCAGAAGUGUAUUCCUUUCCUAAUUGGGCAUCUGAAAGACUCAACCCAUAAUGAUGUCAUCCUAAACAUCCUCACAGAGAUAGCAGGCUAUGAACCUGUGGCUUUGAACAGUUUUCUUCCAAUGCUGAAAGAGAUUGGUGAGAGAUUCCCCUACCUCAUCGGACAAAUGGCAAGAAUCUAUGGAGCUGUGGGGCAUGUGGAUGAAGAGAGAGCCAGGAGCUGCCUGCCAUUCCUGGUGAGUCAGUUGGCCAACAUGGAACAUUCAUUUCAUCAUAUUCUCCUGCUGGAGAUUAAGAGCAUCACUGACGCUUUCUCCUCCAUCCUGGGCCCUCAGAGCAGAGAUAUUUUCCGCAUGAGCAACAGCUUCACCACCAUUGCCAAGCUCCUUACCCAACAACUGGAAACUGCCAAGGCCAGAAGCAGCAGGAAAAAACCAAGCACUGAGGUUGAAAUCCCUGAGAAGCUGGAAGAAAUCAAGCUCACAUUGACUGAAAAUGAAGACCAUGAAAAGCUGCAAGUUAAAAUACAGGCUUUUGAAGACAAAAUAAAUGCUGAGAGCAAUACUCCCAGCUCUAUCAGAAGAUAUAGUUUGGGCAAAUUUUCUAAGGAAGAAAGAAAAGACAUUAGAUUUAACAGGUCAAAGAGUUUGGCUUUGCACACUGCGCUGACAAAGAGCAUGAGUUCAGAUGAUGGGGAAGUUGUAGAGAGUGAAGAAAUGCCAGCCAGCACCUUUCUUUCAGAAACAGACCCACUUAGCCGAGGAAAUAACAAGUUGCCCUUUAAGGCAAACUCUGACAGGUCACAGCUGGGAAGUUCUUCAGUUUCACACCCAAGUAUUAUACAUACAGAAUCAGCGUAUUUGCCAGAAACAGUUAAAGCAAACUGCCAGGAAGAAACUCCAGAAACAACGGCAAGUCCUGUAGAAUACCAAGAUAAACUCUACUUGCACUUAAAGGAAAACUUCAGUAAAGUAAAAGCAUAUGCUGUGGAAAUCGGAAAGAAGAUUCCGGUCCCCGAUCAGUGUACCAUUGAAGAUUCUGUUAGAAGUUGUGUAGCAAAGUUGUUCUUUACCUGCUCCCUGAAGGGUCAUUACUGCCUCUACAGUAAAUCCAGUUUUAUUCUCAUCAGCCAAGAACCUCAGCCGUGGAUCCAGAUCAUGUUCCUUUUUCAGCAGAGCCUGUUUCCUGAGCCCCUAUCCAUACAAAGUCAUUCUGUACAAUUUCUCAGAGCUCUGUGGGAUAAGACCCAGGCAGAGGGUGCUCACAGCUUUGAAACAGCCAUGAUGGAGUCCACGUUUCCACAGCAGAAAGAUCUGGACCAGGUACAGCUCCAUCUGGAAGAAGUGAGAUUCUUUGAUGUAUUUGGCUUCAGCGAAGCAGCAGGAGCGUGGCAAUGCUUCAUGUGCAACAAUCCUGAGAAAGCGACCGUUGUAAAUCAAGAUGGCCAGCCUCUCAUAGAAGGAAAACUUAAAGAGAAGCAAGUCAGAUGGAAGUUCAUCAAAAGGUGGAAAACUCGUUAUUUUACGCUGGCUGGAAAUCAACUUCUGUUUCAAAAAGGAAAGUCGAAAGAUGAUCCUGAUGACUCCCCAAUAGAACUCAGCAAAGUACAGAGUGUGAAAGUUGUGGCCAGAAAACGCAGGGACCGCUCCCUCCCUCGAGCUUUUGAAAUCUUCACAGACAAUAAAACCUAUGUUUUCAAGGCCAAGGAUGAGAAGAAUGCAGAAGAGUGGCUCCAGUGCAUCAAUGUGGCAGUUGCCCAAGCAAAAGAGAGGGAAAGUAGAGAAGUAACCACAUAUCUGUAGGGAUUUGCAAGCCGACCUCACACUGACUGUAUACAAUGGGCAUUGCAUUAUCAUUGCCAAUGUCAAGAAAAAGAGAUAAAUUCACCAAGUCACAUUGUGUUUUUCUAAAUACCAGUGGAACUGUUUUCCCUAAGAAGCAGGACCUAAAAGUGGCAGGAUUUUUAUGCAUCUCAUAUUCUAAUGGCGCCUGCAUUAACUCCAGAACAUCUGUGUGAUGC